AUGUCAAUACGCAGCAGACAACUCCUACCACCCAGCUUGAGUUUUGUACGCCAUGUUUCACAAACAGUUACAUUCACAGCAAUGGACAUAUCAUCCAGUGGUGGCUUUUCCCACAAACAACCAUCAAAAGUGGGGAAGUUGAUUGUUCCUAUUCUAAAAAGUCCUUCUCACUUGGGACAUUCUACUAGUCGAGUCAAUCGUUUGUACAACGAGGACAAGUAUAUUGCCAAUUUGCUACAAAUCAAAGAGUCACAGAUAUUUAAUUUUAGUAUUUUCGAUGGUCAUGGCGGUGACCAAUGCUCGACAUACUUGGCAGAAAACUUAUCGCAAGCAUUAGAGGAUCUGGAUCAAUUAGUUGAGAAUGAUAAUGACCGUCAAGAUUUGUUCAAAAAAUACGCCAAGAAUGUUGGUGGGUAUUGGAAACGGUGGUAUAAACAUCGCGAUAACACUGUUGCCAAUUGGGAGAAGGAACGAAUAAAACUAAAGAAUUUUCUUUCUGAUGAUUUAGCAACAAGAGUGCCUCUUGCGUUUUUGAAUGCCGACUACAAUUUUUUCAGUCAAGAACAAAAGUCAGGCUCUACUUGUACAUCAGCACUUAUUGAAACCAUUUAUUCGAAACCAGGAACCUUCCAACCAUUUUUUGAAAAUUAUUAUUUCAAUAGACACACAAUUUCCAGGCUAAGCAUUGGACAUUUGGGUGACACCAGGGCUAUAUUGGCUGACAAGAACGGGUUGGCCCAUACACUAACCACUGAUCAUCAUCCACUGAACCCAAUCGAGGCUAAAAGAUUGAGAAAAUAUGCAGCAAAUUUUUUUAUGACAGAUUCCUUUGGCGAAGAAAGAUUUGUUGCAUUGGCAAACACACGAGCUUUUGGUGAUGUUGAUUACAAAGAAGUCGGAGUGACAGCAGAACCCGAUUUCAAUCAAUACAUAAUUGGCGAUCUGGACGCCAUGAAACAGUUUUUAACUCCUGAUGAAAUCGAGAAAUACACUGUAGGAGGAUUGGGCGGAGACGAAAGUUUCCUUAUCUUGUGCAGUGAUGGGGUAACGAAUAUAUUAACGGAUCAGGAAAUCGCUGAUAUUGUGCUCACACAUGUAAACUUAAAAGGUCAAACAGUGGCCACCCCACAGUAUUGCGCAGAACAAGUUAUCAAAUUUGUUGAGUUUGUGGGAGGUGAUGAUAACGCAACAUGCUUGGUCAUAAGAUUGAACGGUUGGGGUAAUUGGCCAAUUAUAGAUAGAACUGGAGAAUUAAGACAAGCUAGACUUGAUGAUUACAAUCCAAGAGGCGGAAGAGGAUAG